AUGUCUCUCCAGCCAGGUGACCAGUUCCCCGAGAACGUUGUCUUCUCCUACAUCCCUUGGGUCGAGGAGUCGGCUGAUAUCAAGUCCUGCGGUAUCCCUAUCAACUACAACGCUUCCAAGGAGUGGGCCGACAAGAAGGUUGUAGUCUUCGCCUUGCCUGGUGCCUUCACUCCCGUCUGCUCUGCCGCCCACGUUCCCGGAUACAUUGAGAACCUUCCCGCCUUGAGGGCUAAGGGUGUUGAUGUUGUCGCCGUUCUCGCCUACAACGAUGCCUACGUCAUGAGCGCUUGGGGUAAGGCUAACGGCGUCACUGGCGACGACAUUCUUUUCCUGUCUGACCCCGAGGCCAAGUUCUCCAAAAGCAUCGGCUGGGCUGACGAUGAGGGCCGUACCUACCGUUACGCCAUCAUCAUUGACCACGGCAAGGUCACUUUCGCUAAGAAGGAGCGUUCCAAGAACGUUCUUGAGAGUGGCUCUGUUGCUACCAUCAAAUUACCCUUGAUAAUAUCCGCUUUGCGAAAUCAUGCCAACCUCGCGAUCCGUGUCGUCCUCACGAAAUCCGCCUCUUACUUCCUUCAAGGCCAAUCUGCGGAACAGCCCACCAUCGCCUCCAUAGCCAAGCUGCCUAAUGUCGAAGCCGUAUACCAAGAUGAAGACGAAAUGACUGAAUCAUGGGUUCGUGGUGCGGGAAUCUUACACAUCAAUCUGCGCAAAUGGGCGGAUAUACUGGUCGUUGCGCCGUUGAGCGCAAAUACGUUGGCCAAGAUUGUCAAUGGGAUAAGUGAUAAUUUGUUGACGAAUGUGAUACGAGCUUGGGAUACCUCUGGUCUAGUUGAUGGAGGUGCUAGAAAGAGGAUAUUGGUGGCUCCUGCGAUGAAUGCAGCUAUGUGGCUGCAACCGAUUACCAAGAAACAGAUCCUCGUAUUGGAUAAGGAAUGGGGCAUUGAGGCUGAUGCAGGAAAUCUCGAGCAUCAAGGAUGGUUUGAAGUGUUGAAACCGAUUGAGAAAUCCCUUGCUUGCGGGGACGUUGGUGUUGGAGGCAUGAUGGAAUGGACAAAUAUCGUAGGAAUCAUUGAACGACGACUAGAUCUUAUUGCUCCAACGAAAUAA